AUGAAGAUCUUCCUCACCCUUGUCUUCCUUGCCAUGGUGGCAACCAUGGCCAACGCCACUGUACAACUUGACCCUAGAGGCCAAGAUCAGCCAUUUCUGCAACCCCAACAACCAUUUCCACAACCACUUCUGCAACAACAAUUGAACCAGUGCCAAGAGUUCCUCGUGCAGCAGUGCAAACCAUUGGCGAUAGUUCCGUUCCUCCGGUCGUGGAUCUUGCAACAGAGCAGCUGCCAGGUGAUGCGACAACAAUGUUGCCAGCAGCUGGCGCAGAUGCCCAAGAACCUUCGGUACCCUGCCAUACAUAGCAUCGUGCACGCCAUCAUCGUGCAGCAGCAGCAACAACAACAACCCUUCCAGCCUCAGCCACAACAAGUGGGCCAGGGUUUCAUCCAACCUCAGCAGCUAGCUCAGUUCCAGGCGAUGAGGACGUAUGCGUUGCAAACCUUGCCGGCGAUGUGCAAUGUGCAGGUCCCGCUGUACUAUUCCACCGCCCCAUUCGACAUCAUCGGUGGCUUUUGA